GAAUAUGUAUGACUGAAAAUAGUUGUAGGUGUGUGAUGACCACCAGAUUCCUAUGUACAAGCUCACCCACCACAAUUCAAUUGAAAUCUUUGAACCAUUGAAAACAAUGACGAAGAAAAACAAAACCACAAGAACCCUAGGAUCCCCGUGACUCUCGUUUCUUCUCCAUGUUGUUAGCAAUCUCACUCUCUUUCCACUUUAUCUCAUCUCUGCAAUUUCAUUUGCUUCACUUUUCUCAAUUUCUCUUCUUUCUAUGGAGCCACGUUCUUUGCACAUAGCUAUGUAUCCAUGGCUGGCCAUGGGUCACCAAACAGCAUUCCUCCAUCUAUGCAACAAGUUGGCCAUAAGGGGUCACAGAAUCUCCUUCAUCACACCCACAAAAGCACAAGCCAAGUUGGAACCAUACAACUUGCAUCCUCACUUGAUCACAUUCGUUACCAUCACUGUUCCUCACGUUGAAGGUCUUCCCCCUGAUGCACAGACCACUGCAGAUGUCACUUACCCUUUGCAACCAAACAUCAUGACAGCCAUGGAUCUAACCAAAGAUGACAUAGAAACCCUUCUCACUGAUCUCAAACCUGAACUUGUUUUCUAUGACUUCACACAUUGGAUGCCAACCUUGACCAAGAAAUUAGGCAUCAAGGCCGUGCACUAUUGCACUGCUAGCUCUGUAAUGAUUGGUUACACUCUUCCACCAGCCAGAUAUUACCAAGGGAUUGACCUAUCAGAAAGUAACCUCAUGGAACCCCCAGAAGGGUACCCUGACUCUUCCAUCAAGCUUCAUGCUCAUGAGGCUCGUGCCUUUGCCGGGAAAAGAAAGGACACGUUUGGGAGCGAUGUUCUCUUCUACGAUCGCCAGUUCAUAGCACUGAAUGAAGCUGAUGUGUUGGCAUACAGAACAUGCAGAGAAAUCGAAGGGCCUUAUCUUGAUUACAUUGGAAGCCAGUUCAAGAAGCCUGUGCUGGCAACUGGUCCAGUUAUUCUAGAGCCACCAACCUCUGAGUUGGAGGAAAAAUUCUCCACAUGGCUUGGAGGGUUUGAGGAAGGAUCGGUGGUUUAUUGUUGUUUUGGGAGUGAGUGCACUUUGAGGUUAGAGCAGUUCCAAGAGCUGGUGCUUGGUCUUGAGCUGACUGGCAUGCCAUUCUUGGCAGCAGUGAAGGCCCCAGUAGGGUUUGAGACAGUGGAAUCAGCAAUGCCUGAAGGGUUUGAGGAGAGGGCUAAAGGGAGAGGGUUUGUGUAUGGAGGUUGGGUUAUGCAACAGUUGAUUCUUGCACACCCUUCUGUGGGGUGUUUCAUCACACAUUGUGGUUCUGGUUCUUUGUCUGAGGCACUGGUGAACAAGUGUCAGUUGGUACUGCUGCCUAAUGUUGGUGAUCAGAUUCUGAAUGCAAGGAUGAUGGCCAACAACUUAGAGGUUGGUGUGGAAGUUGAGAAGGAUGAGAAUGGAAAUUACACAAAGGAGAGUGUGUGCAAAGCUGUGAGCAUUGUGAUGGAUGAGGAGAAUGAAACCAGCAAGAAGGUGAGAGAUAAUCACACUAAGCUCAGAGAGACCCUCCUUGACAUAAAUUUGGAGUCUUGUUAUCUUGACAACCUUUGCAGCAGACUCCAAGAGAUAGUUGAUGAAGGAGUUUAACUUCCAACCAUUGGAAUUCACACAAAACAUCAAACAAUAAAUGUUGUAGUAUUUGCACAAAAUUGUCACAUUAAACACAUGUUACAUUAAUACAGUUUAGACUCAA